AUGGCCAUGGUGGUGGUGGAGAUGUGCCCCAACCUCACAUCCCUCGGCUUGAACGGCUGCUCCAACAUCACCGAUGCGGCAGUGGUCGCCCUCGCCGGUGGCUGCCCCAACCUCACAACCCUCAACUUGUACAACUGCUCCAACAUCACCGAUGCGGCAGUGGUCGCCCUCGCCGGUGGCUGCCCCAACCUCACAUUCCUCGGCUUGGAAAACUGCUCCAACAUCACCGAUGCGGCAGUGGUCGCCCUCGCCGGUGGCUGCCCCAACCUCACAACCCUCAACUUGUCCUCCUGCUCCAACAUCACCGAUGCGGCAGUGGUGGCGGUGGCCGACGGCUGCCCCAAGCUCACAUCCCUCAUCUUGCGGAGCUGCACCAAGCUCACCGAUGCGGCAGUGGUGGCGGUGGCCGGUGGCUGCCCCAACCUCACAACCCUCUCCUUGUACAACUGCUCCAACAUCACCGAUGCGGCAGUGGUCGCCCUCGCCGGUGGCUGCCCCAACCUCACAACCCUCAACUUGAACAACUGCUCCAAGGUUACCCUCGACUUGCGUCGCGCGCGCACUACCAUCGCCCAACCAGACUUCCCUGCAUCGCAGCACGCCCGUGCUCUGCUCGGCUUUGCUCAAGCCCAUGUGCCCCAUCCGGUGCAUCUCAUGGCCCGCUGUAACGCUCUCUCCGUGGACGCGCUCAACACGCUGCUUGCCAACGGCGCAGACCUCUACGAUCUCGAUGAUGACAACAAGCACGUGUACGUGCACUCGCCCGCAUCCUCUGCGCCGGUCUUUGUCGGCCUCAUGAUCGAGUCGCUGCGGGCCAACGCAGACGGCGCCACCAAGCUCGCCAACGGCAUCAACAAGGCCACCGUCGCCCUCUUUGUCACCCUCCGCGCCUCACCGACCGUCCCGAUCUCAGCCGACAUCGUCUCCGAGCUCAUCACCGCUGGUGCAGACGUCAACGCUGUUGAACCCACGUUCAAUACGCCCGUCAUUCAUGUCGCGGCUGCCAACACGGAGCACGGUGCCCUCAAGGCUCUCCUCGAGGCAGUUGCCGCCCUCGACGUCGUCCUCGACCAGUCUGCCGUCGACGGAAACAGCGCCACUGUGCUCGACACCAUUAUCGCCGCGAACCAGCUGACAGCUGAGCGUAUGGCCGAGUUGGGCGGAGUUGGUCUCGAUCCCUUCAUGCUGCAGCCGGACAACACGCAUGUGUACGUAGCUGCUCCCGUGGAGCGAUCUGCAGCGUUCUCAUCUGCGAUGGUCGCCUGGAUCCGCGAGCAUGGCGAUGGCGCCACCGAGCUCGCCAACGGCAUCAACAAGGCCACCGUCGCCCUCUUUGUCGUCCUCCGCGCCUCACCGACCGUCCCGAUCUCAGCCGACAUCGUCUCCGAGCUCAUCACCGCUGGUGCAGACGUCAACGCUGUUGAACCCACGUUCAAUACGCCCGUCAUUCAUGUCGCGGCUGCCAACACGGAGCACGGUGCCCUCAAGGCUCUCCUCGAGGCAGUCGCCGCCCUGGAUGUCGUCCUCGACCAGUCUGCCGUCGACGGAAACGGCGCCACUGUGCUCGACACCAUUAUCGCCGCGAACCAGCUGACAGCUGAGCGUAUGGCCGAGUUGGGCGGAGUUGGUCUCGAUCCCUUCACGCUGCAGCCGGACAACACGCAUGUGUACGUAGCUGCUCCCGUGGAGCGAUCUGCAGUGUUCUCAUCUGCGAUGGUCGCCUGGAUCCGCGAGCAUGGCGACGGCGCCACCGAGCUAACCAGCGGCAUCAACAAGGCCACCCUCGCCCUCGUCAUCGUUCUUCAUGCCGCAGACACAAUCCCGUUCUCCAUCCCUGUCUUCGCCUUCCUCAUCAACUCCGGCGCCGGCAUCAAUGCCCUCGAACCGUCCCUUGGACUGCGCCCGCUCCACGUCGCCGUCUCGCUCUCCAACAUCCCGGCAACCAUGGCGCUACUCGCCGCGGGUGCUGACCUGUGGGCUCUCGGUGCCAACGGCGAGACGGCAUUUUCGAUUGCCUCGGCUGUGCUCAACAAGCCUGGCAGCGACACCAACGCGGCUGCAAAAGAAGUCUACAACCUCAUCGUUGGUACAAGCUCUAUCCCGGAGCGUGUUGCUGACCACGUCCGUGAGACCAUCGCUGCUGGUGGCGACAUUGGCGGCGGUGCAGGCGCCUCUGCUGGGACCUCCACUCGCGUGGACAAACUCGAGGCCAAGCUCGCCGACACCAAGGCCGAGCUCGCCGACACCAAGGCCGACUUCGCCGACACCAAGGCCGAGCUCGCCGACACCAAGGCCGAGCUCGCCGACGUCAGGGAUCACGUCACCAUCGCCACGGGCAACAUCGCCGCCCUCCAGGCCGACCGCGCCAACAUCCUCCAGCACGUCGACAAGGCCAUCGCCAUCUUCCAAGCACGCCGCUACGCCCACACCGCCGCCGGGACAUCGUCUGCGGGCGACGCAAUGCCGCAGUAA